AUGGCUGCCGCGCCUUUGCGCAACGUAGCCUUAACGGCAUCACAAACAACGACCAUUCUGACCUCCGUCAACAUGACGAGCGUCAUCAAAACCAAACAAAUCAACGACUUCAACACCGGCAUCGUGUGCUUCCUAGAUAGCCCCAACGGCGGGGAGUUUUGCCAAAUCAUUCAACUCGUGCCGGGCACAAUGUCGCUCGCAGUUUGCAUGUCGCCAAACCGGGCGGCACACUGCGCGUCCGAAAUCCCAACUGGCGCGGCGCAAGAGACAAAAACUGUCCUCGACAGGACACCGGUCGAGGUUUUAGUGGAAGUGUUUCAGCACCUGGACAUGACAUCCGCCUUCAGCCUGGCUGCCACGAACAAGCGGUUCUCCGGUAUAUUUGCAGAAAAUCGAACCUCAAUCGUGCUACGGAUAGCUCAGGAGGAAUUCAGCCCAUUCGACAGUCUUCUUCAGGUUGUCAAGGCAUCACCUGCCGAUCUGAUGAUCCCGUGGGAAGCAAGGGUUGAGAACUCUGACAUCAACCGGCUUCUUUCGAUUUGCCGUACGGUGCGAGGCUGGGAACGCAUUUUCCCACAGCACCGCUUCAAUGCGUCGCCGCUGAUGACACGGAGCCUGACAUCGCGGGAAAAUUUUCGCCUGCGCCGGGCCCUCUAUCACUGGAUGCGCUACGCAUAUUAUUUCCACGGGGACCUGGUGCGCCCCAACGUCUUCGUCCCGUCGGGAAGAGACAUUCGUAUCAACCAACUCCGUUCAUUGUCAAACAGCGAACUAGGCGAACUCAAGGAUCUUUGGCGUACAGUUGAGGAUAUCAUUGAGCUGACGAUGUGUCCGUCGAUUGCGAAUGUACGCAUCGGUGCUGAUUUUGAGCUCUCCGAGAAGGAUGCCGCGCGUAUUGGCUGGGGUGAGCAGCGCGAGAACCGUAUCGUCGUUGCUACUAUGAGCAAGCUGUCUCCCGAUGAGCUGCUCUACUACAUGGAGAAUAGUCACAAGUUUACCAAGCUACGCCUGAUCCAAGAUAUCCGUCAACGCCACCCGCAUUUUGAGUUUGACACGGAGAGCCUCACUAUUGCUCUGUCCUGCGUGAUCCACGAGCGCUGGGGCAGAAUGCAGACGGAAUUUCCCGCAAUGACGCAGCCAUCGAGCGGCACCCUUUGUCUGCCAGUUUACACGCGGAUGAUGGGCCAGUGCCACGGCGGCAUUCUCGACUGGGAUGAUCCGGCAACGGAGGCCGACUGCGCGCGUGUCGGUGAAAUGAUAGGUCUCAACCUCGACUGGCGCCCAGAAGAGUCCUUCUUUCGUUCACGUCCCGAGAUUCCUACAGGCCUCCUGAAUCCAUAA